CACGCCGCCUCUGCGAAACUAAUCGCAUUCCGAAACUUGUUUUCUAGCCUGUGAAUUGAACUUUCUUCCAGUUGACAGAGCUAAAAUAUCUCCGUAUCCACAUAGGAUUGUCUUUCUCAUUCUAGUUCGCUCAAAGAGGAGGUGCCACUUUCUGGAAGCCGAGGUGCAAAUCUUUUAGGCCCGCAAGCAUGGCAGCUACCGCCGAGACCCCUAUACAGGCUGUCUCUAUUUUUCAGGAGUUCCGCGCCAUGUUUUACGUUCUUGGUCCCAGCGAGAGCUCCUUCCGCAGCGUCAAGGAAGUUCCCGAUUACGUCGACAAGGCAACUCCCUUGUUUAUUACCCUGAUUUUGCUGGAGAUCAUAAUUAAGUGGGCCCAGAAAAGACAUUUCUUUUUCCUACACAGUGACGAUAUAACUUCUUUGUCUGCCGGUAUCUUAUCAAGAAUUCCAGAUGCUAUUUUUCGAAGUGUUGAAAUAUCGGCAUAUAUCUAUGUGUGGAACAACUAUAGAAUGAUGAAACUACCAUGGGAUUCAUCGUGGACAUGGUAUUUGACCUUCAUUGGAGUAGAUUUUGGAUACUAUUGGUUUCAUCGUAUGGCCCAUGAAAUUAAUUUUUUAUGGGCUGGUCAUCAAGUACAUCAUAGUUCUGAACAGUAUAACUUAUUCACAGCAUUAAGGCAAUCUGUUCUGCAAAAAUUUGCAUCAUGGAUAUUUUACCUCCCAAUGGCUCUUUGCAUUCCACCUUCAGUAUUUGCUGUUCAUCUUCAGUUUAAUCUUCUUUACCAGUUCUGGAUACAUACAGAGGUCAUUGAAAAUCUUGGUCCGUUGGAGUUUAUUCUCAAUACUCCUAGUCAUCAUAGAGUUCAUCAUGGCAGAAAUCCAUAUUGUAUUGAUAAAAACUAUGGUGGUACUUUAAUUAUUUGGGACAGAAUGUUUGGUACAUUUGCUGCAGAAAAAGAUAAAGUUGUGUAUGGUCUAACACACUCUAUAAAUACUUUUGAAUCUUUGAAAGUUCAGUUUCAUCAUUGUGCUUAUAUAUGGAACAUAUUUUGGACCACACCUGGAUUUGUCAAUAAGCUUUCAGUUAUAUUCAAGGGACCAGGAUGGGCACCAGGCAAGCCAAGACUUGGCCUUAUUGAGGAAAUUCCCGAAGUCACUGGGAAGGAGGUUCCUUUCAACCGCAAAUUGCCAAGCUACAUUUCUAUCUAUGUAAUAAUGCAUUUUGCUUUAAUGUUGGGAGUUUAUGUUGACUUAACUACUUCCAAACAUACGUUAUCACAGGUAACUCUUCUCAUGAGGGUUGGCUACAUUGUUCUGACAUUGACCUCCAUUGGUUUCCUUAUGGACCAAAGAUCUGAAGUGACUUUCAUGGAAUCUGCCCGUUGCUCUGUUUUUCUUGCUCUGCAGAAGCUUGGAUAUUUGGAAGUACAUUCUGCGCUUUUAUCAACUACCUAUGAGGUACUAUUUUCCCUCUGCAUUGCGUUUUGGGGAAUUCAGAUCAUAAAGCAACUCACUUCAAGCUCAGCCAAGCAGCACUAAGAAGAAGUCUAUCAAAAUUUUAUUUUUUGUGAUGGAUUACUUUCAUCUUUUGUGCAGAAUUACAAUAGAGAUUACUUUAAUAUAUUCACCAAUAGAAACAAUAAUAUAUAACCAUGUCUCAAUUUCUUUACUUUUAUUUAAUUGGAAACUUCUGAAAUUUCUGCAUUAAUUUCAUUUCUAUGCAAAUGUAUAGGUAAUUUUAACAAUUAUAUUAAUAAAUAUUAAUUAUGUAUGGUGGA